ACGGCAAUAUGUUAUCUAUGCGUGUUAAGAAUGUUCGUCUGAAAGGUUUACUACUACGCCAAGUCAACGUCAUGUUAAACAUGAUUGGCAGCAGCAGCGGCAGACGGUUUAAAAUUCUUUGCAGUUUCUUGCACGGCAACUGUAGAUGGAAUUUCUCCAAAUGGUUCAUCAAUUUUCACAAAAAUUUGGAGACAAAAAUUGUGUGCAGAUUCCUAAUAUUGUUUAUAGUUAUGGAAUCUGCGACCGGUGGUUUGCUGAAUAUAAAAGCCAGUUGCAAAACUCUAAAGACGUUACAAAGAGCAUGGUCCCUCUGCCCCGGCACUUUUAGCGGAUGCCUAGAAAAGUUAAAGCGGGUGUCUGCCGAAAACGCUAAAGUCCUUUCCGCGACAUGCAGAAUGUGCGCAGCAAGAGAUAUUUGUAAAAAUGCAUGAAAUCGUAUGGACAUAUGUGGCUCUAGUCCUAAUAAUGGUAUCCAUAAAGAUGGACCAUGCAAUGUUA